ACAUUAUUUUAUGUGGUGUAUCAUUUUAGGAAACAAAUACUUUCCUUUAAUUCGAAUUUAUAUUUUUGAAAUUUUCGUUGAAAAAAUGUUUACAUAUAGAAAUUAAUUUUAUUCAAUGUCUUCAUAUAAUUAUUAAAAGAUUAUAUAAAUGUCUUUAAAAAGCUUGCAGUUAUUAUUAUAAAUGAAUUAAACUUAACCGAAAAUGUCCACAAAUUGCAAUUACCAUAAUUAUCGCUACUGUUCUGCUACAAGAAUGCACUUAAAUGGAAUAAGCGGUGAACAAAUUUCUGACAGUGAUAUGGCAGAAUUAAGUGAAUUAGAAGAUGAUGAGGGCAAUGGAGAUGAUAUUGAUGAGGAACAUGAUGACGAUGAAGAUGAAGAAGGGAAUGUUCUUCCUUAUCCUGGUUUUGCUCCAACAGCUCUUUAUUACCUUCGACAAAAUACAAGGCCCCGUAAUUGGUGUCUUGCGUUAAUUACAAAUCCAUGGUUCGAAAGAAUAAGCAUUAUGAUAAUACUUUUAAAUUGCCUCACACUUGGAAUGUACCAGCCAUGUGUGGAUGAUCAAUGUGAGACAAAUCGAUGUAAGAUUUUACAGAUGUUCGAUGACAUCAUCUUUGCUUUCUUUUCUUUAGAGAUGACAAUAAAAAUGGUAGCAAUGGGUUUAUAUGGUAAAGGGUCAUAUCUUGCAGAUUCUUGGAAUAGGCUUGACUUCUUUAUCGUAGCUGCCGGAGUACUAGAGUAUUGUUUAAAUGUGGAAAACAUGAACUUAUCUGCGAUUCGUACUAUAAGAGUCUUGCGACCACUUCGUGCGAUUAAUAGAAUACCAAGUAUGAGGAUUCUAGUAAUGCUCUUAUUGGAUACACUGCCGAUGCUUGGUAAUGUUUUAUUACUCUGCUUUUUUGUUUUCUUCAUCUUUGGUAUUGUUGGAGUUCAACUUUGGGAAGGAAUAUUACGACAACGCUGUUUUCUCAAAGCUAUACCGACUGUAAGAUACCCAGAUUGGUUGAGAAAAUACUUUGAAUAUCAGGGUCAAGAUUAUAUUUGCUCUAAACCUGAGGACAAUGGAAUGCAUAGCUGUCACAAUUUACCUUCUUUAAAAUUUGACAAUAUAGAAUGCAACCAUACAGCUUUAUCGAAUAGUAAUAUAACCUUUAUCAAUGAUAAUACUUGUGUCAAUUGGAAUUAUUACUAUACUGAAUGUAAGGGUCAAGGAAAUAAUCCUUUUCAAGGCACAAUAUCAUUUGAUAACAUUGGAUUAGCAUGGGUUGCUAUAUUUCUCGUAAUUAGUUUAGAGGGAUGGACAGAUAUAAUGUACUACGUGCAAGAUGCUCAUUCUUUUUGGGACUGGAUAUAUUUUGUUCUUCUAAUAGUAAUUGGUUCUUUCUUCAUGAUCAACUUGUGUUUAGUCGUUAUAGCUACACAAUUUUCUGAAACUAAAAAGCGAGAAAUGGAACGAAUGAGAUUAGAGAGAGCACGGUUUCAAUCUACCAGCACGCUUGCAUCAUCUACGAAUGUAUCCGAGCCAACUACAUGUUAUGCUGAAAUAGUAAAAUAUAUUGCACAUCUAUGGAGAAGAGGAAAGAGAAAAUUAAUGAAACGAUAUCGAUUGUAUUUAUACAGCAAACAACAAAAACAUGAUGAAAUUUUGUUGAAGGAUAAACUUGAACAAUGUCAAACGAAUGAAAGUGGAAUAAAAAAAUUAAAUACUAGCAAUAUUUUUUGUGGUGCCACAUCAAAACUUAUUACGGUUUUGGGAAGUAAAGAACAAAAUGGGAAAGCAUUCGCGGCUCCUCAUGCUAGCCCAGAAGUUUCUGAAAUUGAGCACUCUGCGAUAAUGUACCAACGGACUGGUAUUUAUCGUUUACAUUCAUUUUCCAAUUGUAGUGAGUCCAUCAACAGUACAACUCAGAUAAAUAAUAGUUUGUUAAGUCCUCCUAGUGCUCAUUUUCGAAGGAGAAGUAGUGUAAUGUUUAGUGAUGUAAUUUUACUUCAUGGAGGAAGUGUUCAUACCUUACCAGGGUCUGUUGCUUUAACAGAUAAUAAUGUUUGUUGUAACGAAAAAAUGACACAAACUGGUGAUGGACAUGUAUGGUUAAUACCACUUUCUAAAAAUUUACAGACCGUAAUAAAACGAAGAGAAGCCAUGUCUUGUCAAGAACUACUUGCACUAAGUGGAGCUUUCAGCGCAGCUUUACCGACUGGACAAUUGGCAUUAGAUUCAUUUUUGAAUACAUUUAAAAAUGGUAUAAAAAAGCGUCAAAUUGUUAAUGAUUCACAAUGGUUUAAUGAUGUAAAUAACUGUUCGUGCUGUUAUGCUUCACGAGGAGAACAACAAUGGUCUAAUAGAAAUUUGAAGUGUCAAAUGUUACCUGCUGGACACAUACUUAAAGUCAUUGGUAACGGAUGUAUAUACAUUUUCCGUUUUUUACGACAAUGGAUUAAAAGAUUUGUCGAUAACAAAAUAUUUCAACAGGGAAUUCUUCUAGCAAUACUUAUCAAUACACUUAGUAUGGGUAUUGAAUACCACAAUCAACCUGAAGAAUUGACUGUUCUAGUAGAAAUAAGUAAUAUUGCAUUUUCUGCAGUAUUUGCUGCAGAAAUGUUACUAAAAAUUAUAGCAGAAGGACCAUUUGGAUAUAUAAGUAAUGGCUUUAAUGUGUUUGAUGGUAUUGUUGUUAUACUAAGCGUUGUAGAAUUAUGUCAAACAUUUGGCGAAGAACGAGGUGGUGGCUCAGGGCUAAGUGUUCUUCGGACUUUUCGGCUGUUAAGAAUCUUAAAGCUUGUUCGUUUUAUGCCUAACUUGCGUCGUCAACUUUUUGUAAUGUUACGAACAAUGGAUAAUGUUGCAGUUUUUUUCUCACUAUUGGUACUUUUCAUUUUUAUAUUCAGCAUUUUAGGUAUGUAUCUUUUUGGAGGAAAGUUCUGCAUGUGGAUAGAUCGCAGUCGGCCUUGUACUUGUGCUGAAGUGGUAGCACGUCAUCCAAUGUGCCAAUGUGAUCGUAAACACUUCAACGACAUAGUUUGGGCUCUUGUUACAGUUUUUCAGAUUCUCACUCAAGAAGAUUGGAAUGUAGUUCUUUUCAAUGGAAUGCAAAAGACUUCUCAUUGGGCUGCUCUUUACUUUGUCGCUUUGAUGACAUUUGGAAACUAUGUUUUGUUUAAUUUAUUAGUAGCCAUUCUGGUUGAAGGAUUUUCAUCUGAGAGAAAUGAAAGACGGGAAAGAGAACAAAGGGAGCUUGCAAGACUUGCUGCACAGGAAUGUACAUUUGAUAGUGAUGAAAGAUUAUCUAGAAUAUCUGGUUUCCACUCUGUUACGGAUAGUGACACUUAUACUCAGGAUAGUAAACAAGAUAUCAGAAAGUACAGAGAAAAUUGUGAGCAGGAAAAUUAUAUCAAUAUACGGAAACAAAUAAACAAUGUAAAAUAUAAUAGAAAUGGUGGUAGAAUUUCGAUAUCUAGACCAUCACCACCCAUUAUAACUCAUACUGCUCCUACACCUCAGGAUUCUCCAAAUACAACUUUUGAUACUUCUUACAAAGACUUAAUCUCUCAAGACAUUUAUAAUAAAAAAUUAUCUUUUUCUUCAAUUGACAAAUUUAUUAAUCAAAGCAUUAACCAGGUUAAUGAAAUUGAAAGUAAAACGUGCAAUCCUCCUGAUUGGACAUUAAAACUCAAUAUGAUGACCACUGUUAUGAAAUCUCCCAAAAAAGAUAUCGACUCAACUAAAAUUUAUCCAGCAUCUACAACAUCUGCUAAAGGAUGUAUAAUUGAUUCUAUUGGAAAUGACACUUUAAUUUGUGUUCCAAAUAAUCGAGCAGUUCGAUUAAUAUCCAAUAAUGAAAGCUCAAAUUUGCAUAUCAAUGGAAAUAAGAACCACUGUUCAUCAAAGGCUCAGUGCUUUGCUUCCUCAAAACAGUGUCAUUGGAGCAAUUCUUUAUCUAUAAAAGAUUCACUAAAAUCAUAUGAGGCCAUGAAAAUAAAAAGAACGUUUACUCAUCAAGAACACGGAACAACAUGCAUUCCAAACGAUGUGCCCAUAAAUGUAUCUUCACCAAAAAAUCAACAUUCAUCAACUAAUAACAAUCAACAUAAUGCGCAAUCAGAAGAUCUGUAUUAUGCAAAUAAACAGAAGAAUUUUUCGAAUGUGAAGAAACUUAAAAAAAUGGUCAUAUCGCUGAAAUCUAGAUAUUGUUUAAAAGGAAGAGAUGAGUUUUCUUUAUAUAUUUUUUCGAAUGACCACAAAUUUAGAAUAUUAUGUAAAUGGCUUGUUGACCAAAAAUGGUUUGAUAACGUAGUUUUACUUUUUAUUGGGUUAAACUGUAUAACUCUUGCAAUGGAAAGACCAAACAUACCACCAGAUAGUCGUGAAAGAAUUUUUCUUUCUAGCGCUAAUUAUAUAUUUACAGCAGUUUUUGCAAUGGAAAUGUUAAUCAAGGUAAUUUCAACAGGUAUGCUUUACGGACCAUAUGCUUAUUUUACAUCUGGUUGGAAUAUAAUGGAUGGAUCACUUGUUAUAAUUUCAAUAACUGACUUAUUAAUGUCACUGAUAUCUGCAAGCAGUCCAAAAAUUUUUGCUAUUCUAAGAGUAUUCAGGCUUUUGCGCUCAUUAAGGCCGUUAAGAGUUAUAAAUAGAGCACCAGGUUUAAAACUCGUUGUGCAAACUCUCCUUUCAUCCUUAAGGCCGAUUGGAAACAUUGUACUAAUUUGUUGUACAUUUUUCGUUAUUUUUGGUAUUUUAGGAGUUCAAUUGUUCAAAGGUGCAUUUUAUUACUGUGAAGGACCGGAUAUUAAUAAUGUACGCAACAAAACUGAUUGUUUAUCUGACAAAAGAAAUACUUGGUUAAACAGAAAGUAUAACUUUGAUGAUCUUGGAAAAGCCUUGAUGUCUUUAUUUGUACUGUCAUCACGAGAUGGCUGGGUGAAUAUUAUGUACACAGGUUUAGAUGCUGUAGGAGUCGACCAACAGCCAAUUGAAAAUUAUUCAGAAUGGAGAUUGCUGUAUUUUAUUUCAUUUAUUUUAUUGGUUGGAUUCUUCGUUCUAAACAUGUUUGUAGGAGUGGUCGUUGAAAAUUUUCAUAGAUGUCGCGAAGAACAAGAAAAAGAAGAACGAGUUAGAAGAGCUGCUAAACGUGCUUUACAAAUGGAGAAGAAAAGACGAAGAUUACACGAGCCUCCUUACUAUAACAAUUAUUCGAAACUACGACUAUUCAUUCAUAACGUAGUAACAUCAAAAUAUUUCGAUUUGGCAAUUGCUGCUGUGAUUGGUUUAAACGUAGUUACCAUGGCUUUAGAAUUUUACAUGAUGCCGAAAGCACUAACAUAUGCUUUAAAAAUUUUCAACUAUUUUUUUACAGCUGUUUUCAUAUUGGAAUCAAUUAUGAAGCUUGUAGCUCUUGGAUUACAUUUAUAUUUAAAAGACAAGUGGAAUCAACUUGAUGUGGGCAUUGUGAUAUUAUCAGUGGUUGGAAUUGUGUUAGAAGAAGUUGAAUCGAAAGUAAUUCCUAUUAAUCCUACUAUUAUUAGAGUCAUGCGUGUUUUACGUAUUGCAAGAGUCUUGAAGCUUCUAAAAAUGGCAAAAGGUAUUCGAGCACUAUUGGACACAGUUAUGCAAGCUUUGCCUCAAGUUGGUAAUUUAGGAUUACUCUUUUUCCUACUGUUCUUCAUAUUUGCAGCUUUAGGUGUUGAACUCUUUGGACGACUGGAAUGUAGUGAUGAAAUGCCAUGUCAAGGAUUGGGAGAACAUGCACAUUUUAGCAACUUUGGAAUGGCUUUUCUAACUUUAUUUCGAGUAGCAACUGGCGACAAUUGGAAUGGUAUUAUGAAAGACACUUUACGAGAUAAUUGUGAUGAUUUAGAAGAUUGUGUGAAAAAUUGUUGCGUUAGCAAUAUUAUUGCACCAAUAUUUUUUGUUAUAUUUGUACUGAUGGCGCAAUUUGUUCUUGUAAACGUGGUUGUUGCAGUUUUAAUGAAGCAUUUAGAAGAAAGCCAUAAACAGAUGGAAGACGAGCUUGACAUGGAAUCACAACUUGAAAGGGAAUUACUCGCUGAACAAGAAGAACUCUUAGUCGGUGAAGGUGAAAAUAUGGAAGAAACUAGAGUUCAAAAUAUAAUAGAUGAUAAUGAAAUAUUGACAUCACAAUGGAAAAGUAAUAGUUCUCCUGAAUCUUCUCAUGGCCUCUCUAAAGUUCGAUCUCUACCCUCUAAUUUUAUUUAUAACCAUGGAGCAAUAAAAAAUAAAGUUUUAGAUACUUCUUCACAUGUGCCAAGAAGAAGAAGAAGGAAAAGCACGAUACUCCAACUUUCUGCAAAAUCAUCAAAAUUAAAAUCUAACCAUAAAUAUAGUAAUAUGCAACAGCAAAACACCUUGCACUUAUCACAAUUUGAUUGUAACAAAGUAGUUUCCAAUUCAUCAAAUUACCUUAUUCCACCCACUAUUUCAUAUACAGCCAGAAGUAGAGACACAUCAAUCGAUUAUUCAAAAUCAGAAAAAGGGAAUAAAUUAAAAACUUCACCUAUUAAAAACUUUUGUGUUAGUGACAAAAAAGAUGUACAUAGUAAUAAUGUAAAUCAUAGACUUAACAAUUUUCAUGAAGAUUAUGAUGUGCAAUCCAUAAUCAAUGAAAGAAGACCACUUAAAUUAAAAGUUAAUGUUCCAGAAGUUUCAAAUUCUAAUAGAAAUGACAAUUUUCUUAUUGCAGAAAAUAGAUGUAAUAAUAUAUCAACUGAUGCAACUUUAAAAAAUUAUUCUGUAAGUUUCAGUAAUGAUUUCAGUACCACUGGCUUAUACUAAUAUCAGUAUACACAAUUGUUUAACAAAUAUUUGUUAUUGUCAAAAAUUGUAGUCAAAUGAAUUAUAAAUAAAAUUAAUAGACUGUU